AUGCCGGUUCCCAGCAGGCAUAUCAACAUUGGCCGUUCACAGAGCUGGGAUGCUGCUGGCUGGUACGAGGGCCCUUGGGAGAAUGCUGAGGCUCCGCCACCCCCGGGGAGGAGAAGCUCUCUGACGUAUGGCUCCGGUGAGGGGACUUGGUGUGAGCUGCCUAACCACCAAGCACAGGACACCGCCUUGCCCGGGGCCCCUGAGCCCUACCUGUAUCGAGAGGCUUUUUACAAUUCGUUGGCUGCCAGGAAGGGCUCUGCUGCCGAGUUCACUUUCUACAACAGCAGACGGGCUGUGAUGUCUGGCCAAAGCGCCCUCCUGCCACAGGAUUACUACGGUGACCCAUCCAGAGGCACGAGGGUACCCAAGGAGCCUCCCUACUAUCAGGACCCAGGAGUCAGCCAGCUAGUGCCCAGCUACGGAAUGCUUGGCAGCAGAGUGCCGUGGGAGCACAUGCAAGGCCAGCUACCUGCCCUGCAGGACACCAGCCACCUAUACCAGGAUCCUGGGGGCAAAAUGAUCCCUCAGGGCCAGCGGAGUAAGGGCAGGGCACCAUCUCCCGGGUGUUAUGGAAGGGAACUGGCCAACGCCAGGUUUGGCGAAGAAACACCUGCCUACCCAUCCAGUCAGGUGUACAGUGAUGUUGGUGAGAGACUUGUCGAUUCCAACCCUGCCAGACAGGCGGCCCCGACAUGCCUGGUUGUGGACCCUGGCUCAGCUGCUCCCCCUGAGAGCACCACAGGAGUGGCCCCCAGGUCCCUGAGUCGAGGCUACUGGCCUCCCCGAGAAAAUUUCCAUUCUAAGAUGGCUUUUGAGAAUUAUGAGACUGACCUGCCUGCGUUCCAGGGACCUGAUAAUAAGAGGAGCGUGCUCCCUGAGUUCCUGGCACUGCUGCGGGCAGAGGGUGUUGCAGAGGCCACUCUAGCGGCCCUCCUGCAGCAAGGCUUCGACUCCCCAGCUGCCCUGGCCACUCUGGAGGAUGCAGAUGUCAAGUCUGUUGCACCCAACCUUGGCCAGGCCCGCGUCCUGAGCCGCCUGGUCCUCAGCUGCAGGACCGAGAUGCAGCUUCGGAGGCAGAGUGGGGCAGGUCCCCUGCCCCGCACACGGUCCAGCAGUUUCAGCCAUCGGAGUGAGCUGCUGCCCAGUGACUUGGCUUCUCUGGGUGCCACAGCCCUGCAGCCCCAGCCUGUGGGGCCCCUGCAGAUGGCCUCCCCCCAAACUGGAGACAUGGCUCGGCGCCCUUCUAGUGCACCCUCCCAGCACCUCCUGGAGACAGCCACCUAUUCUGCCCCGGGAGUGGGCCCCCAAGCCCCUCACCUCCCUUCCAACUCUGGGUAUAGCUCUCCCACCCCUUGUGCCCUCACGGCACGCCUGGGCCCCUCUUCUCAGCAGGCUCGGGUGACCUUGACGAACCCAGGCCCCAGAACAGCCUACUCCACCUCGUACACUGUGCCUAUGGAGCUGCUAAAGCGGGAGCGCAGUGUGGUUGCUUCUCCACUGCCCAGCCCCCAUGGCAGCCCCCAACUCCUGCGGAAGCCUGGAGUCCCUGUGGAACCAUCUGUCCUGCCAUCGGUCAGCCAAAGCCUCCAUACACCACAUUCACCGCAUCGGAAGGUGGCCCGGCGCACAGGGGCGCCCAUCAUCGUGUCUGCCAUGCUUGGACCAGAGCCAAGUAUCCGACCCCAGAUCAUGAACGGUCCCCUGCAUCCCCGGCCCCUGGUGGCGCUGCUGGACGGCAGAGACUGCACCGUGGAGAUGCCCAUUCUGAAGGACCUGGCCACUGUGGCCUUCUGCGACGCGCAGUCCACACAGGAGAUCCACGAAAAGGUGUUAAACGAGGCCGUGGGUGCUAUGAUGUACCACACCAUCACCCUCACCAGGGAGGACUUGGAGAAGUUCAAGGCCCUGAGAGUGAUCGUUCGGAUCGGCAGCGGCUAUGACAACGUGGACAUCAAGGCUGCUGGCGAGCUUGGGAUCGCUGUGUGCAACAUCCCAUCUGCAGCCGUGGAAGAGACGGCCGAUUCCACCAUCUGCCACAUCCUCAAUCUGUACCGGCGGAACACAUGGCUGUACCAGGCACUGCGGGAAGGGACGAGGGUACAGAGCGUGGAACAGAUUCGAGAGGUGGCCUCAGGAGCAGCCCGAAUCCGUGGAGAGACACUGGGCCUCAUCGGCUUUGGUCGCACGGGGCAGGCGGUUGCUGUUCGAGCCAAGGCCUUUGGAUUCAGCGUCAUAUUUUAUGACCCCUACUUGCAGGAUGGCAUAGAGCGAUCCCUGGGCGUGCAGAGGGUCUACACCCUUCAGGAUUUGCUGUAUCAGAGUGACUGUGUCUCCUUGCACUGCAAUCUCAAUGAACAUAACCACCACCUCAUCAAUGACUUUACUAUAAAGCAGAUGAGGCAAGGGGCAUUCCUAGUGAAUGCAGCCCGCGGUGGCCUGGUGGAUGAGAAAGCCUUGGCCCAGGCCCUCAAAGAGGGCAGGAUACGAGGGGCAGCCCUUGAUGUGCACGAAUCUGAGCCCUUUAGCUUUGCUCAGGGUCCAUUGAAAGACGCACCAAAUCUCAUCUGUACUCCCCACACGGCCUGGUACAGUGAACAAGCAUCCCUGGAGAUGAGGGAGGCAGCUGCCACUGAGAUCCGCCGAGCAAUCACAGGACGCAUCCCAGAAAGCUUAAGAAAUUGUGUCAACAAGGAAUUCUUCGUCACAUCAGCUCCUUGGUCAGUAAUAGACCAGCAAGCAAUUCAUCCUGAGCUCAAUGGUGCCACAUACAGGUAUCCACCAGGCAUUGUAGGUGUGGCCCCGGGAGGACUUCCUGCAGCCAUGGAAGGCAUUAUCCCUGGAGGCAUCCCGGUGACUCACAACCUCCCCACAGUGGCACAUCCUUCCCAAGCUCCCUCUCCCAACCAACCCACAAAACAUGGGGAUAAUCGAGAGCACCCCAACGACAAGUUGGUUGUUAGUUCAGUAGUACCCUCUGAUGAUGCAAAAAAGAAAAAAUUAUUAAGUUUCACAAGCUGUUUGUACUCAAAUAUAUUUUCUCAGUUUCAGAUCCACAGCUAUUUUAUUGAGUGGAAAGUCUUGAACUGUAAGGGUUCAAGAAGAAUAAUGUUUCAUUUCCUUAUGUCUCAGGAAACACUUUUUAUGGUAACUUGUCAGAUUGUCUAUGAACAAACCCACUUUUUUAGACAUUGAUAAAUUCUUUUCUUCACGUGAUAUUUUAUACAAGAACACUUCAGAUGUGUUAUUAGAUGUGACUGAUUUUAACAAAUCCUAUUAGAUUUGUAUCAACUAGUUACAUGUUCUAUUCAUAGUCUUUUGUGAAUCAUUGCCUUUUUGUUUAAAAAGAUGGCCUAUUUUGAGCCUUUGUAUAGGUACAUUCCUGUUUUUGUGACAAAAGAAAAACUUUAAACUGUCCCAAACAGAAAAAUAAUGGCUAUCCGGAAGUAUGUUUUGUUUUAGUGUGAGUUACCGUUACUGUAUUUGUUUAUUGUAAAGGUGGACAUUUAGCGUUCAGUGCAGUUUUCAAUAAAAAGUAAUUAAAAUUUGUUAAGUUCUGAAAUUCAAGUACAUCUCACUAAUGUAAAAGUUCUCUACUUGAGAUGUUUAAAGGCAACUGCAUUGUCAAGUAGCCAAUUUUCAACUCUGUCCUCCAAGGUUCUGCCUCUUCCUAUUAUGACUCAAGAAUGCUAACAAUUACCUCAUGUGUUAACAGCAAUUAACUGCAAUACAGCAACCUCAUACAAGCCCAUCAUUCUCAAAUCAUGUCAUCCUUAAAAUUAAGUCAUCUGUUACAACAAAGUCAAUUCCAGAAACAAAGCCCAUCCACUUUGAGAAUUUCGUUGUUUUUUUUUUUUUUCUACCAGGGAUCGAACUCCGGUCCUUGCACUUGGGAGGCAGGUGGUGGAACCACUGAGCUAAAUCCCUGGACCAAGAAUUUUAAUUGACCCAAAACCAAAAUUAUCUGGCUCAAGCAUUAAUGCAGGAAGGGAAGUGAGUCUUAACUUUUCUUUUCUUUUUGGCCAAUAACCUAACUGAAAGUGUUGCAAAAUAGUGAACAUUAACAUUAGCUGUUUUUAUAGAUUAAGAAGUCUAAGUUCAUUUAAUGCAUCUUCCUUUUAAAAUAGCAUUGAACUCUAUUAGUAUUAAGUCCCACAAUUUCAAGAGCCAAACUCCCUGAGCCUUCCCUUAUCCUUCCCUUCCCAUUUAAAAACAAAUUAGUAUCUUACAGCAUUAGCCUGCCUGGCCAUGUGUCCUUACUCAUUUUCAGGUAGUAGCCCCAUUCCAACGGUGCCAUGAAAAAUCUCAUUAAAACCACCUCACACAGAGAAAUGUGGAAGAUAGAGUUAUUGGCCUAUCACCACAGUAUGCAGACAGUUUAACUUCAUAAUCACUUAUCAACACAAUGAAAUUUGCAUUAAAAAGGUCCAUGUAUACUGUGUAUACCACUGUUUUACCUUUUGUUAAAUCUAAGACAGGAUAAGCCUAAGAGUCAAAAAUAGAAACGGUAAGUCUGAA